AUGUCUAACUCUGAUGCUAUCGCCUCCCAUGUUCAUGACGCUUUGCUUUCCCAUCUCCUGUCCUCGUCGUCUCCGCCGCUCUCGUUUAUCGUCACCGAUGUGACGUUGUCUUCCGUGAUCUCAGUGACUGAAAAUAUCCGUCUUCCUAAUUCACACUCUUCACUGCGUCGGCUCGGAUGUUGUCACUCGUCUUGUUUCCCCUCCGUCCCUUCGUCGAUUCCCAAGGCGUUGCUUCCUUCGCCGCUUCUGGAUACGGAGAGUUUCUUGGCGAAGGAUUUAUCGGAAAACGGUAAAUGCAUCAAGCGUUCCGAUGGGGUAAUCUUCUUUGCGCCAUCGGAGUGGCUUGAGAACCAAAGGGAAAGCUCCGUCGUUGAUGUCAGCUUCGGGAGUAGGACAGCGAUGUCUAAAGAGCAAAUAAGGGAGCUCGGAAAAGGGCUGGUCCUGAGCGGAUACAAGUUCUCGUGGGUGGUGAAGAGAGUAAAACCGUCGACAGAGAAGAAAAUGGACCCGAUUUAG